AAGCGCUCACUUCUCACGGCUGCAUGUUUUGAUUUUGUUGCACAAGACAUCUCGUCUCGUUGGUUAUCGUAAUUUUUAUAACAAAUUUAAUCAAAAUUCAACAGAUCGCGCUUUAAUAAGUUCUAAAAAUGCUCACCAAGCUUCCGCUGCUCGGCCUGGUACGGCCCGGCAUCGUUUCAACCGGCCAACGCUUCCUCUCGUCCAACACGGCCGCCGUGGUGAAGGUUCACCGGAGCAUCUACGCCCGGCGCUAUCCGACGAUGGUCGUGCUGCCGAACGGGGCCACAAUCAACAUCAACUACCACGAGCCGCGGAGGAUCAUCAAGCUGCCCCUGGAUUUGAGUCUCCUGUCUGAAGCGGAACGAAAGGCCCGGUUGGACAAGCGAAAGCCCAAGCAGAAGAUUCGCAUCGAGGACGAGGUCGAGGACAACUUUAACGCCCGGAAGUACCUCAAAUAUAUCAAGCAGAAGUGAGGGUUGCUGGUAAGCGAUUUGAUGUCUUAGUAAUGUAAAUAAAUUUCACUUUAAAUGAGA